AUGUCAGAACUAAAUGACGAUUCUCGAAAACAAACAAAACCGCGUAAACGUUUCGUUGGAAAAGCAGCUGCGAGAAAAAAGCAAGGAAAUCAAGAUCUAAUUACAAAUAUAGAAGAUAGUAGUUCUGUUGUUGCUAUAGAAAAUUCACCAAUAAAAAACAGGUCUGCGAAUCGAGUAGCAAACCAAAUUCCUCUUGAAAUAUUAAAUGAUUCUUUAUUAAAUAAAGCAAUUGAACAGAUUCACAAGACCAUAUGGAAUAUCAAACGUUCAGAAUCUACGAAAGUCGCAUUACAAUUCCCGGAAGGACUUUUGAUGUUUGCAUGCACUAUUGCAGAUAUAUUAGAAAGCUUUUGUAAUGUCGAAACACUCAUAAUGGGAGAUGUGACAUAUGGAGCUUGUUGUGUAGAUGAUUAUACCGCAAAAUCCUUAGAUUGUGAUUUCAUGGUACAUUAUGGACAUAGUUGCUUAGUCCCCGUAAAUGUUACAACUAUAAAGACAAUAUAUGUCUUUGUGGAUAUUGGAAUUGAUACCGAACAUUUUAUAAAUACUGUAAAAUUAAAUUUUGAAAUUGGGAAGAAAUUGACCAUUGUUGGUACCAUUCAAUUUGUUGCUGCUAUUCAGGCAACAAAAAAACAUUUAGAAGAUGAUUAUUCUUUAUUUGUUCCACAAGCAAAACCUUUAUCUCCCGGAGAAAUAUUGGGUUGCACUUCUCCAAAGCUAGGUGAACAAGAUGCUAUAAUAUAUCUUGGUGAUGGUCGAUUCCAUCUAGAAUCAAUUAUGAUCGCUAACCCAGAUAUACCUGCAUUUCGCUAUGAUCCGUAUUCCAAGAAAUUUACAAGAGAACGUUAUGAUCACACGGAAAUGCAUUCCCUAAGAAAACAUGCGAUUGAUUUGGCUAAAAGGGCUAAAAAAUUUGGUUUAAUAUUGGGAACUUUGGGUAGGCAAGGAAGUCCUAAAGUUUUAGAGUACCUUGAAACAAAAAUCAAAUCUCAUGGACUAGAUUAUAUUUGCGUAUUACUCUCCGAAAUAUUUCCAAAUAAAUUGGAACAAUUUCAAGAUAUUGACGCGUGGAUUCAAAUUGCAUGUCCACGCUUGUCAAUAGAUUGGGGUUAUGCAUUCCAAAAGCCAUUGUUAACACCAUAUGAAGCAUCGGUUGCAUUAGAUGCAAUUGAUUGGCAAUCAAAUUAUCCAAUGGACUUUUAUGCCAAUGAUAGUUUAGGGCCUUGGACGCCUAAUCAUGGGAAGGGGGAGAAUUAA